ACUCUAAGUAUCACAUCAACAUCACCAGGUACUAUUUCUCACCACCGCUGCAGCCAUCACUGGCACCUAUGAUGCCUCCCGCGAAGAUAAUUCCGUCUGUGGGCCUUUCCCACCUGUGCAAUCGUGUCAUGAAACCAUCACAGAAAGGCGCAUAAAAUGAUCAUUGCUUUACUCCUCCAUGCUCCUGCCUCGCCCUCUCCGCUAACAUGCCGUCGGUUGUGAUGUCAAUCAUGCAAGGACCGCUUUGCGGUGCCCUCGCUACCAUGCUACUCUACGGAGUCAUCUGUAUGCAGACAUUCCGCUACUGGCAAGCAUAUGAACAUGACAUGAAGAUUCUGAAGUAUUUGGUUGUGUCCAUCUGUAUUCUGGAGACUGUCCAUACAGCAUUGACAGUAUACGCUGUCGAGUUUUAUCUCAUUAUGCAUUUUGGAGAUGUCACAAAUUUGGCAUACGCAGUUUGGGGCAUGCCCGCUUCAUAUGUUAUCGGUUUUAUUAUAGCUUACGCUGUAAAUCUUUGCUUCAUCUGGCGAAUACUGCAAUUGAGUCAAAAACGCUGGAUCGCUAUUUGCUUUGUCAUUUUGGCAACCAUUCGCUGUGGCUUUGGACUUGCAAAUUGUUCCUUGAGUUUCUACUAUCCCAUGUGGAAGGUCUUUAGGCAACACGUCUUUCCAACCAUGGUGGUUGGAUGGGUGCUUUCAGCAGUGGUCGACAGUGCGAUUGCAUUCACAUUGUGCCUAUAUCUCCGAAAACGUCGCACUGGCAUGAAUCAAACUGAUAGUAUCCUUAACCGCCUCCUAUUGUAUAGCAUCAACACUGGUGCCGUCACGUCGUUUUGUGCCAUUCUGGUGGUCGUCAUGUUUCUCAGUCUACCAAAUAACCUCGCGUUCAUUGGCUUUGUCCAAGUCCAGAGCAAAUUCUAUGCAAUAUCAUUUUUGGCAUCAUUAAAUACUCGCAAAAGACCUGGAACGACCAAGCAGACCGCUCCCAGUGCAGUGGAAGGCGUUGCGCUUUCAUUCAUGCCUGACAUUUCGACGUUCGAAACAUCACACCAACAGUCGUUACACUUGCCACCUAUUGAAGUCCGGAAGAGUGUUGUGAUGAAUAUUUAUGGCGAUGAUCUGGAUACUGGAAUGGACAGCACAGUUCACGGGAGCGAAUGUUGAGUCUACACUAACAAGCCAGUAAUUUUUGUGUACACACGCACGCUGUGUACUUAGCUCAUUGUUUGCCGUCAGCGAUAUUUUGAUGUUA